AUUGAACGGACCUUCGGGCUAUCGGAACGGAGCAGCGGAGAAAAUGGCGAACAGCUGUUCGCCAAUGGAGUGCUUGCUCUCGCUGAUGAUACUCCAUCACUCCGUUCCGUUGAGUGUUUCGCUAGUCUACACGCCGUCGGAUGCCUACCAGGAGAGCAUUCUGAGGCCCUUCAGGUCCUUCAGCGAUGUGGCCAUCUUUCACUUCACCGUCCCCGCCCAGACGUCACGAGCCGCCUGGCAGUUUGUGGCCUUCAUGGAUGACAAAAACUGCCCGGCAGAACCGGUCCAGAUAUACUUGCGGCACGGCAGCUACCCCGUCAUCGCCCUGGACAACAGCUCCUUCCCGUCGCACGUCCAUCUUCCGGAUCCCUCGGUGUAUCGCCUCCGCACGGAGUCGAGGUUCCAGCCGACCGAGAUGCCAGAGUUCCACGUCAUGAACCCGCUCCCAGGAAGCUGGUUCGUCGUUGCGUUCCUCCGCGACAGCAGCCGGAAGAUAAAGCAGCAGGGCAUCCACCGGGCCUGUCAAUACAGUCUAGGCAGCAUGGCAGCAUGGACGCACAAACCCGACGUGGUCCUGUUGACAGCUGGUUCGUUCGUCAAUGUCACAACGCCCUCGCAGCUGUCUACGUUCAAGGUCUAUGUCCCAGAUGGCACCUGGCAAAUCGAGGUCAAGGUUGUGUCAUGCGUCGCACUGUCUCCAAACUCGACGUCGCCGGUGGCCGCCCCUUCGGUCCAGCCGUGCGUCCGGAAGUUUGGGCUCCGUCCCAGCGCGCUUCCCUUCUUCGAAGACACAAACCUUACAAGCGCCGAGUUCUCCAAGAUCGUGCCUCAGCCUGAGAUGGAGGUGUACUACUACCUCACGGUGGCAUCCGACUCUCACGUCGGUUACUCCCUCGUCGUAGACGUGAGAGACUGCCCAACGCUGUGGCACCUUCCGACGCGCAAAUCGCCGAGGCGCCCUCGUCACCUCGAUGUCGGUCCUGGCUUCAACGAGUCGGACACCACAAACGAAACGUUGGCCAACCAGACCGCCAACACGCUCUCGGCAGUCAGCCAACUGCACGAGGUCCACGAGCAGACGACGGGGACGGGGGGCUCUAUUGGCUCGGUCUCGCCAUCCUCCGAGUUCCAGACGCACACGGCGCACUUCGUCAAGGAGAUUCUCGGAGAGGAGAGCAUCCUCGCUGCAAUGCAGGGCUGCCUGCCGAUGAUCCCGCUCACGCGCAUCAAGCACGCCCAGGAUUUUCUCGACUCCUUUCUUGUCCAGGGACCAGAGUGGUUUUCGUCCUGGCUGGGUCUGACUGACGUUUUCCCAGUCAUGGUGCGGCUAAACUUGGAGCCUUUUGUGGACAUCGGAGGGACAUUGCAGACCAAAAUUCAUCUAGACAGCAUGGUCAAGAACCUGACCGCCCAAGUCGUGGUGGUGAGCAUAUGCGUCCACCACCGGAGGCCGCCGCCGUACCUUUCCGGAACCAUCCGCUGCCCGCCGGACCUCUCACUCACCAUUGCGACCAACGACAGCUGGGUGGCCACCAAGUACUUCCCGUUUCCCGAGCCCGGCUCCUGGUUCCUGUCUUUCACCGUGGCCUGCUUCAAUGCGUCGGGGUCGGUGUCACCAGUGAGAUGCGAGCUGGAGCAGACGAUAGUGGACCUCCGCAUCCGCCUGCAGCCCUGUGUCUUUGAGGGGUCUCCCUGUGGCCAGCAUGGGUUCUGCCAAGAGAGCCACUUCAGGCAGUUCUACUUCAGCUCAUGCCACUGUGUCGGAGGUUGGAGGGGCUGGGGCUGCACGGACAACUCAAUGGCCACCCCAGCACCCCUGCUGCUGAUGAAGACGCUGCUGCUCACGCUAAGCAACCUCUUCUUCCUGCCGGCCAUUGUCCUCGCCACGAGGCGGCAGUUCUACACGGAGGCGGUCGUAUACGGAGUCACCAUGUUCUUCUCAAUGUUCUACCACGCGUGCGACGUGGACAUGUUUGGCUUCUGCCUGCUGCGCUACGAGGUGCUGCAGUUCUGCGACUUCUUCUCGGCCGUGCUGUCCUUCUGGGUGACCCUGGUGGCCAUGGCGCACGUGCCGCAGAGCCUCGCCUCCAUCGCCCACGUCCUGGGGGCGCUGGGGGUGGCUCUCGGGGUGCAGUGUCAGCGCACCAGCCUGUGGGUCUUCGUCGCGCCCGCGGUCCUAGGCAGCAUCCUCCUAGCCGCCUCCUGGGGUUAUCGGUGCCACCACUCUCGAUCGUGCCACCCGAAAGCUCACGACUGGCUGACCAGCCUACUCCCUGGGGUCGUCCUGGCCACGAUUGGCCUGGCCCUGUUUGCCUUCGUCGAGACGGAGGACAACUACAAGUACAUGCACAGUGCGUGGCACAUUGCGAUCUCCCUCUCGAUCAGCUUCCUCUUGCCCAAGCACAACGCCGGCAAAGCGGUACAGUGCACCAACGGCCACCCGGCAACCGGCGUGGGAACGACCCAGCCGGUGUACGGCCAGGUACAGCCGGUGUUGAACAACGACUCCGAACUGGUGGACAUCGCCGACUACCGGCUCGACUCCGACCUGACGUCGCUCAUCCGGGGCCUGCGGACCUGAUCGGCUGAGCAAGCGGGCUAGGUCGUUCCCCUCCGCCGUCCGACGCACCCCGGCUCCGAUUGGUCGUCAAGACCCAAUCUCUGAAGCGAGGCUUUGAAGCGCUUCACGGUCCCUCGGGCAUUCCUAACGAUUCUCGUUGCAGUUGGUUCGGGGCACACGCGGGAGCAUUUGUCGUCGGAGCAGUUUUUUUGGGUACCUUUGUGCAGUGAAGCGCGGAGAUGAUGGCAGGGCUCGACGAUCGUGGGGGUACACCGAAAGCACUGUAGAUACUUUUCUUUUUUAUUCUUUAGUUUUGUUUGAAAUGCAUCGUGGCAUUUGAAAGAAUCGUAAGGGCGCUCCAGCAAGAAGGUAUUGCAGUCCGAGAAAACGAAAGACUGCCAUAAAUACUUAAGUGCAGGUGAGCUGGUUGGUGUAUACUGAGCACGAUGGUAAACCUUAAGACUAGGAAGCAAAAAAGAAAAAAGU